AUGGGGGACAUUUUGAAGCGGGCUAGCAUGUCUGAUUGCAAGCCGCUUACUACUCCAGCCUCGGUUUCUCAGGCUGAGUCUUCUGAUGAGCUGUAUGACAAUCCCAAUCAGUAUCGCACUUUGGCAGGUGCCUUGCAGUAUCUUACUGUUACUCGUCCAGAUUUGUCUUAUGCGGUAAAUCGUCUGUGUCUGUUCAUGCAUUCUCCUACAAUUGAUCAUUGGAAGCUUCUGAAGCGCGUCUUGCGCUAUGUCAAGGCUACGGUAGACUUUGGGCUGCGAUUGACUGCUUCUUCAUCUACUGAUUUUCAUGCCGUUUUGGAUUCGGACUGGGUUGGUUGUUCUAUUGACAGGAAGUCCACUAGUGGUUUUGCGGUGUUUUGUGGUUCGAAUCUAGUGUUGUGGGUCUGUCACAAGCAAAAAACGGUUGCUCGGUCUUCUACUGAGGCUGAGUACAAGGCCCUUGCAGAUGUUUCGGUGAAGGUUACUUGGAUUGUGUCGCUGUUACGUGAGAUUGGUUUUUCUCUAGGUGCUACGUUGCGUUUGUGGUGUGAUAAUCUUGGUGCGGCGUAUCUUUGUGCAAAUCCCGUGUUUCAUGUGAGGACUAAGCACGUUGAGAUCAAUUUUCAGUUUUCACUUUGUUCGGGACAAGGUGGCUUCUGGGGAGUUGCAGGUUAG